AUGGCCGACUCAGCGGUCACGAUCCGAACCCGCAAGUUCAUCACCAACAGACUGCUCUCGCGCAAGCAGUUUGUCGUCGAUGUCCUGCACCCCAAUCGCCCCAACGUCAGCAAGGACGACCUGCGCGCCAAACUCGCCGAAGUGUACAAAUCCAACAAGGACCAGAUCAACGUCUUCGGCAUGCGCACCCAGUACGGCGGUGGCAAGUCCACGGGCUUUGCACUCAUCUACGAUUCCGUCGAGGCCAUGAAGAAAUUCGAGCCGCACUAUCGGUUGGUCAGAGUCGGGCACGCCACCAAGAUCGAGAAGGCCAGUCGACAGCAGAGAAAGCAGCGGAAGAAUAGGAGUAAGGAGUUCCGAGGCACCGCGAAGACGAAAGGCGCCAAGAAGGACAAGAAGAGCAAGUAA